AUGUCUACCAAGCACCGUUUGAGGCGAUCUUGCGCUUUCUGCCGCGCCCGCAAGAUCAAGUGUUCCAAUGAGACCAUCUGCGAGGCCUGCCGAAGACAAGGCGCCGACUGCAUCUACGACUUUGAGCCCCCGCGACCCAAGACUCGCACCAGCAUGGACGGAACUGCAUCCCCUGCCCUGAACAGAGGCCGCUCUUCCACCUGCGGAUCUUUCCACGAGAGCCCCCUUCUCGGUGGCCAGAUGACCGAGGAGCCCUUCCUCGCCGACGAGAUUGAGGAUGUCGCUACUGUCCUCGACCGCACCUUCUUCCAGAGCUUCAACGCAAACACAGUCAGAGCCACUCCUCGAUCACGGAGCCGACCUGAUGCUUCUCACCUCAAGAAGUCUAGCAUCCUCUCCCUCCUCUCACACGACCUUGUUGGUCUCUCCGCUUCCCAGCUUGGCUCUCUGGGCUGCGCUCACUUGGAAGAUGAGAACGCUGGCUUCUUCCUCUCCGGCCUUGACACCGACGAGACCCAGAACAUGUUUGACAAUGUAGUUCCUGCCACAAACCCAGUAACUGAGUAUGGCCAAAGGCAACAGACUCAGCUGAUUGACGUCUGGUACUCCACCCACCCCCUUUCCUUCCUCGUCUCCAAGACUCUCCUCCUUCGCGAGCUCCGCGACGGUACUCACGAUGAGAUCCUCCUGGCCGUCAUGCUUGCCGAUGCCAAUUUCACCAUUGGAAGCGAUGCUUCCAAUGCUCGUGGACAUGCCCUGCUCCAGUACGCCACUUCCCAGCUUCGCCAGCGUCCUCUGCAGACCACCAAGAACAGUGGAGUCGCUACCGACUCUGGCACUGUCGUCUACAGUGGCAUCUCCACCCGCAUCUUCAGCGGCAUCUCCACAGUCCAGGCUCUCAUGCUUCUCGGAUGGAACGCCCUGACCUCUUCUCAGUUCCGCCGCGCCAUUACCUACAUCCAGCUUGCUGGUCGCCUGGCCACUGAUCUCAAGGAGCAGGUCAUCACCAUGGAUGGCAUGCAGCUUUCCAGCCGCAUCAACGGUAUCGAUGUCUAUGACGUCGAGAAGGAGUUGAUCGACCACCUCUACUGGACCACCUACUCUCUCACCCUCUGGGCUUACGUCCAGACUGGCCGGGGUUACUUCUCCGUCUCUCCUACUGUCAUCCCUACCAUCAUGAUCCCUGCCACUGAGGAGACUUCCUCUUCCAUCCAGCUUGAUCUCAUUUCCGAGAAUGUCAACACUCUCCAGAAGCAGAAGUCCUCCAUUCGUGAGAUGUGGGCCCUUGCCCAUGUUUCCAUCUCCAUCGCCAACGCUUGUGGCUUCCACCCUCAGCAGCAUGGUCACUCCAUGGCUAGCCCAGUCCACAGGUGCCGCGACACCAGCCGCUUCCUCAUGGAGAGCAUCAACGAGCUCAACAAGACUGGCCAAGGUGCUUCCGCUGCCAGCUUUGUCCUUGUCAUCUACCACACUCUGGCCAUCCAGUUCCUCUUCCCGGCUCAGUCCGAGGACAGCAUCAUGGCUGAUGUGGUUGAGCGUCUCUGCUACUCAGUCGAGGAGAUUCUCCAGAUCUUCGCUCAUGCUUCCAACAACAAGCAGGAGGAGAUCGAGUCUUCCCUCAAGACCGCUCUCCCCUCUGCUUUCGGCCUGGCCAUUGACACCUGCUCCCGUGCUCUGCAGCUGAUCAAUGCCCAGAAGGCUUCCGGUGCUCUGCUCCGAACCUUCCCUUCGAUCCAGGCUUACACUCCUAAGCUGGACUCGAUGACCAGCCGUCUCUACACCAUGAGCAAGGAUGACUUCCUUGAUCAGCGAAGCGGUCUCCGCGCUAUUCGCAAGCAGCUCAAGGCUUCCAUGCGCGGCACUAGCUCUCCCCGCUCCCACAGCCUUUCCCGAAGCUCUUCCUGCAGCGAGACCCCUUCCCUGUCCCAGGCUCCUUCCAUGUCUCCUGCUGGCUCCGACUUCUCUACCGCUCCCACCCCUGAGAACGAUGUUCAAUCAGUCUUCGUCUCACCCAAGGCUCAGGGCAUGGCUCCCCAGGCUGGAAUGGGCCAGAUGUUUGUCGACAACAGCAUGAUGAAGUCUGCAUGGCGCAGCAACCCCGCAAUGGGUACUGCCGCCCCCAACGAUCUGAUGUACAACGCCAUGAACCCCAAUGCUUUGGGUAUUCACAACGCUGACGACCUUAGCCUUGCUGGCAUGGUCGACCUUCAGCAGGCCUGGCUUCCUCAGAUGCCCAUGAUGACCGAGGUCGACAUGGGAAGCGUUCAGUGGGACUGGAGCCAGCCAAUCAAGCCUGACUCAGUCCCCACUGGUGGAUGGUCCGACAUGGACAUGGUUCUGUAA